AUGGAAAAAAUUGUUCGCAUUGCUGCUUUCCUUCUUGUCGGUUUGGCAGUCUGUUUGGCCAUAGUGAAUCUCGUUCUCAAUGUGCUCAUCUUUACAAAACAGGAAGUUUCACCACACACUACUCCGGCACCAGCAACUCUACAUACGGCUCCACCUGGUACUGUAUCAAAAGAACCUGGAUUUAAGGAUGCUGCAGACUUUUUAUUGAAAGGACUGGAUCUGAGUGUUGAUCCGUGCCAGGAUUUUUACGCGUUCGCUUGUAACACAUUCAUUAAAAACAACCCACCGCAGACACUAUCAUACGGCCAAACACAGAAACUCAUCAACGAAGCCAUCGCUAAGAAACUGAAUGCCACUUCUCAGACCACGUCUACAGCAAAGGAAGUCCUCAAAAAGGUAUUUGAUACAUGUAGAGCAGCAAAUCAGAAGCCAGGAGCAGAUAAAUCGAACGAAAUCUAUCAGAUCAUGAAGAACUUAACAAAUGGAUUCCCAAUGUUGGAGAAGGAUUGGAAGGAAGAAUCUUUGUCGAAUGGCAAAAUGUGGAAAGCAAUUGCUACUCUCGAACUCCACUACGGCCUCUCCACGUUGCUUCAGUCAAUGGUCACUGUUGACUACAGGAACGUCAGCCGCAACGCCUUGUACUUGGAUCAGUUGCCACUAUCGAUGUCACGUGAUUAUUACGUGAAACCGCAAUUCAUCAGCGAGCUGAAUCUCUACAGGGAUAACAUGAUAAAAGCCGUAAAACAGUUCAGAACUGAUAUCCAAUCACCUGCCAGUGACGAAACCAUUCUCAGUGUUAUCUUUUACAUUUAUUUGUUCAAUUAUUCAUUCAUUGGUUCACAGAUCUUCUUUAGUUUGAGUUUCGAAAUAAAUGAGCUUGACUCAAAUGUACAGAAAAAUGCCGACCCGAGAAAAAACGAAUAUAUCCUGGAGAUGCCCACCUACUUCGGGACGUUGAAUACUUAUUUGGAAGGAAAAGUACACUCAAAAAGAACAUUUGUCAAUCUCCUGAUGCUCCGUUUCAUUGCGGACAAUACGCAAUACCUAGGUAAUGGCAGCGACAGCUACACGGAACUUUAUCAGAGGAUCCGAGAAAGUAACGGUGAGUCAAGUGAUUGGAAAACGGCAUCCGAGAAGUGCAUUUCGCUGGUUGAAUAUUUAAUGCCGCAUGCUACCGGUAAGCCGUCUGGCGCUGAUUCAGCAGAUUGGCCAAUGUGA